AUGGGCGAUGUUCCUCCAGAAAAGAUCAAUUCAACCCGGGCAGGAGGAAAGAGUAGCCCCCUGGCGCCAAUGCCCAAUGUCUCGUCAAUCCCCGGCACCGUCCAGCCCGCCCGACCAGUACAUGGACAACCGAGUUCGACGGGCUAUCCAGGCCCCGGGCUUUAUGGGCCCUCAUCUUCCUUAGACAUGGGUAACAUGGCCUACUCGCUGCCAACUCUUCAGUCACAGUCGCCCUAUGAUCAACAGCAUCUCGUCCAAUUUCCAUCACCAGCCCAUGCCCAGGGUCUCGUCUAUCCUGUAGCGUCCAUGGGCCCUUAUCCCGGUCAGAAUCCUGGUGGCAUGCCGUACGGAGUCCGUUUUGCCACACCCUAUUCACCCUAUGCCUUGCCUCAACACUCGGGGGCGGGUGGACCUGUUGGUGGCCACUACCCGCCCUUUGUCACGAGUCCGUCGAUGCAGACCAUGGGGCCAGGACAGGCGCCUGUAUAUGGUGCUACCUACUACCACGCACCUUAUACAACCUCUUAUGGACAAGGGCCGCAUCCUUCGACCGGUCAUUCACGACCGCCAGGUCCUCAUUCUCGUCCGGCGUCUCGUGCUCGUGCACCGCCAAAAAUCGCCGUUUCGACACAGAGCGAUACUGAUAAGCAGGCUGCUGAAGAGUAUGAUGUAUCCAAGACCAUCGUUGAUGGCUCGAACCCUAUGAGGCUGGGACAUGAGUCAACCAUCUUACCCCAAACGAUGUCGACCAGUUCAAGCACACCACGCGGACCACCACGGAAGCCCAAACAAUCAGGCCACGCACUCUGGGUCGGAAAUCUCCCACCAGGGGCAAAUGUGCUGGAUCUGAAGGAUCAUUUCUCGCAGGAUGCCACUAAGGAUAUCGAGAGUGUGUUUUUAAUUUCGAAAAGUAAUUGUGCGUUUGUGAAUUACCAGUCCGCGACGGCUUGCGCUGCGGCGUUGGUGAGAUUUCACGACUCGAGAUUUCAGGGUGUGCGUCUCGUGUGUCGACUACGCAAGGGUUUCACGGCACCGGGGUUCGGGGCUGGGGCUGUUACUUCUCGCUCACAGUCACGGGAUGAGACGGUGAAUGCCUUGGACGAGAGGCCUGCGGUGCAGGAGGCUACGGCUGGUCCUCGUGAUGACGGAUCCCGGUCUCUGGAUCGGUACUUUGUUGUCAAGAGUUUGACGGUGGAUGAUCUGGAAUUAAGCAAGCAGAGUGGGAUUUGGGCGACUCAGACACACAAUGAGACUAAUCUAAACCAAGCCUUCGAGACCACCGAACACGUUUACCUGAUCUUUUCCGCGAACAAAUCUGGCGAGUACUUUGGAUAUGCCCGCAUGCUGUCACCGAUCAACGAUGACGAAGAACUCGCACUAGAGAUGCCACCACGGCCCGAGCCAUUGACGGGGGCACCGGAUGAAUUGGAUGUGACUACCACGGUGGCCACGUCGACAGCCCCGAGAGGUCGAAUUAUCGACGACUCAGCCCGGGGUACGAUUUUCUGGGAAGUCGAAUCGUCCGAGGAGGACGACGCACGUAGCGAGAAGAGUGUGGAGGAAGAGGUGGAAGUGGAGGCGCAGUCAUUUGGCAAACCGUUCCGGAUCCAAUGGCUGUCAACCGAACGAGUGCCCUUCCAUCGCACCCGCGGCCUACGCAAUCCAUGGAAUGCCAACCGGGAGGUGAAGAUCGCCCGUGACGGAACCGAAAUCGAGCCGACGGUCGGCCGAAAACUUGUCCAGCUGUUUCACCUAACGUGA